GCGCAGAGAAGUUUCUUCUGAACCUUCACUAAUUAGGCAACAGAUAAUUCAUAUGGCAGGGAACACAUUAGCUUUUUAUAAGGUUAGCUAAAGUAACGUUGCUAUGAGUCCGCAUGUUUACCUCUGUGAAACAGCCUUAAUGUCAUGGACACUAAUAACUCACUUGUAAUGAACGGUUUGCUACAAAGUUUGGCCGCAUUUAAAACCAAAUAAUGGGAAGGGAUUAAAGGUAAAACUAAACUUAGCAUUUAUCCUUCAGGUCCACAGGAGUUGUUGGAACGAAUAAGGGACAUAACACUACUUGCUAAAUAGCUGUCUCCAAAAUGUCUGAGGUGAGCAGCCAGCUGCCUGCAGACCCCAUCUCUGCAGUUGGAGUCGUCACUUCACUCAGCAAGGUUCCCGAGAGCUACUAUGUUGUUGCACAAACAACAGAUGGCUCUGACGCCGACCUGUGGAAGGACGGCUUAUUCAAAUCCAAGGUCACUCGCUACCUCUGUUUCACCAGAAAAACUGGGCCCGACAUUGUUGUGGACAUGAAGCUGACUGACAUUAAGGACGCGUUGCCAGAGGGCUUCACACCUGUGCAAGAAACAAUGGACACAAAGGAAACUGCCGUGAGGAAGAGGAGGCUCUGUGUGAAGAUCAGCCCUCGUGCAGCUGCUGAGACGGCUGUAUUUGACAUCCAGAUUAUUGCGAAGUCCAAGUACCAUCUUGUUAACUACACCUGUAUAGGUGAGAUUAACAAUAUGGGAAUAUGGUAUCGAAUGGGAGAUGUUCCUCAGCAGCAGUCCAGCCAGGACACGUCCAUCACAGCUAAGGCUGACGCCCCAUCUAACACAGCAAGUUGGAGGACCAGGAGCAGGCCAGAUUAUGAGCACCAGAGCAGUGGGAGCUACACCAAGACAGCUCACUGUAGGUGUUGCUGGCUCUGCCCACUUUCUGGAAGACUGAUGGACCAGCGCCUGACUGGGACUGCCGCCUGGCUCCCUACCCACAACCAGAUUUCAAGGACUGCUUGUCACAGAUGGAAAACUCUGGAUGAUGUUCCCUUUGUGAUCUCUGAGAAGUUUUAUGACAGCCCCAAAGAGAUGCAGCAAGUCAAUUUAAUGGGCAUUACGAUCAAAUCCCUGGCAGAGAUCGAGGAGGAAUUUCACUACAACUUCAGCACAGAGAGAAGCAUUGCUAUGUAACUUUCCUCCCAGCCCUCUCGAGCUGACAGAGACACCGCUGGACUGGAAAAAUACUGAUGGAUAAAAAAAUAUAAUUUGUAAAAUGAUGAACUAAUGAAACUAAGGUAGAUUUUGGAUAUACCACAAAUGUAUAUUAUGUAAUUUUAGACAGAAAAGGUGUUUUAAUUUUAAUGGAUUUUAUGUAAAUGAUCCAGUUCUUGAAAUAUUUUUGAUAAUAUACAACUUUGAACAUUAAAUUCAGAAAAUUCAGAAAUGUUUCAACUUUCAACUUUGUCUCACCCAGAUGAGUUCAGAAGGAUUGUUCAGAAUAGUGUCAUGCUCAAAAUAAAUAAAACUAAUUAAUAUCCCUGAA